ACGACGAGACACGCCAUGCACCUGGGCUGAUAAAGUGCUGCCAGUGGUCACCGGAGACAGUCACUAAGCGGUGCCCGACGCGAACGGUUCCCUCCGGAAGGGCUUCCACAGUAUCGGAUCAGAAACCGACCAGUUUGCCCACGGAAGCGUAACUUUGGUGCACCACCAUGGAUCCCAGUAUUCUAGCAACCAUGGACCGUGACGCACUGAAAAAGCAGAUCGAAAACAUGAAGUACCAGGCCUCGAUGGAGCGAUGGCCGUUGUCGAAGAGUAUCGCAGCCAUGCGAGAGUACGUGGAGGAGAACGAAAAGAACGAUCCACUGAUUCACGCACCGGACAAGAAGAACAAUCCGUGGGCCGAAAAGGGCAAAUGUGUCAUCAUGUAAAUAGUGUUCUCCCUUCUACCAAACUACUACUACCCACUGCUACUACCACUACUACUAGUACUUCUUCUACUACUACUACUACUACUACUACUCACCGCUACUACCACCAUCUCGACAGCGACAGCAUCCAAUUGUAAUUUUACUCAGCUCGGGUUCAGUUCCGAGCGGCAGCGAACGGCAACCAAAGGCCAAGAAAACACAGAAUCGCCGAGGCUAGUUCCGAACUCGCAAUCACACACACACACAUCACAGAAGCGAAGCAAUCAAACAAACGCUACCUCCUCUUCUCUGUUUGGUGGCUGUUUUUUCGUUAGCCCAUUUUGGAGCCGAUUAAACAAGGAACAGAAUAAAAACCUUCCUUUUUCAAAUUAUUGGUUAGGACUUUGUGGUUCAAAAUUGAACGCAAAAACCAACCAACCGAUGACCAUGAAAGGACUUUUUGACAAGCAGCUUACGAGCGUAGGGAUUUCAAAGGUUACGGUGAUUGAGAAAGAAGUUCUGUUUUCAUCAUGGAACGUGGCAUAUAAUUUUCACCUGGCGAAGCGAACGAUGCUGCUGUGAAUCGGAAACUGCAUAAUGGUACAAUGCAAAAUGUAAAUUUUGUAGACGUCCCGGCCAUUGUUAGGAUGCGAACAAUGUUUUUCGAACUGAUUCACUACCCAUUUUUACCCUCACUUCGAUCAUGGUUUCCACCGAACGCCGAAGCUGGUAGAGAAGAGUUACAGAGCGCCAUAAGCACAGAGAAGAGGAACAAUAGAAAGGGACCUCCCCCCCGUGGCGCGGUAUGUGUAUGUGUGCUGUGUUUUGCGAUGGCAAGGAACUGCCACUGCGCGAAGGAUUGAGCGUAAAGGCCGUGAAAAUGUGCAAUCUCCAUCCAAGAUCUGCUAUUGUUUAAGGUCGUCUCAGAUCGACGACGAGUCCCGGAUCUCAGACGCCGUUAGAGCGAGCUCGCGACAGAGAGAGAGAAUCAACGAAAUGGAAGCAGCAAGCAAUCUUUCAAUGUGCAAAAUGGAUCGUACGAUAAAUUAAUGUAAAUCAAUUGAAAACAUUGGAAAAGAAGAUGAGAAAGCAACUACAUAACUUGGGCCACGUUUUCUUUACGACGUUUUUCCGUUUCACGUAACCAAUCCGCCAGUCGAUCGCCAAAUUGCUCCCUUCUCACCGCUGCGCUGUACAGAUGGGCACCUGUAUAAAACUCAUACACAAACACACGCACACACACACAGUGGUGCCGUAUGUGUGUGUGUG